AUGGAGGAGUACCCGGAAAAGCGGAUGAAGAAGACGCCGUCUGGGCAGCGUCCGUUCCUUAAGGCGCGAGACACUCCGCCGCUCGGAGUCGCCCUCCUCUACGGAUUCCAGCAGGUCAUGGUCUGCGUCUCCGCCCUCCUCACAGUCCCGAUCAUCAUGGCCGACGCACUAUGUCCUGGAUCAAGUAUCGGUAGGAAAUGGGCUUAGAAUUACCUUCUUGAAAUGAAUAUUUUCAGCCGUUCUCCGACAGACUCUCAUCAGCUCAACGUUUGUCAGUAGCGGGAUCUCCACAAUCAUUCAGACUCUUUUGGGAAUGAGGUAUGAGUGUAGCAAAACUAGGCGACAACAGUUGGAACAUGUUCCAGACUUGCUCUUCUCCAAGGAACAGCCUUCGCCUACGUCCCUUCGGUUCAAGGCUUCAUGAGUUUGCCUGAGAACGCGUGCAAUGCUACUGAACACGACUUUGUCCCCCAGGAAGAGUACUAUCGAAAGUUGGCUCUCAUCCAGGGAUGCCUGAUCGCAUCGUCUUUUGUACCGAUGUUCAUUGGAGCCACCGGACUCGUCGGACUGCUCACCAAGUUUAUCGGACCACUCACAGUAAGUCUAGGCUUCCAGAUUUCUAUUUAAAAUGCCAUUUCUUCGGGUAUCUCCGUUAAUGCUGCUGCUCGCCUUCAGUCAGGUCGACCUGAUGGUCACUCACAUCAGCAAGCACUGGGUGGCUGUCGUCCAGGCGGUCACACUCUUCGCCACGAUUCUCUACCUUGCCGAAGUCGAAGUUCCCGUUCCGGGCAUCAAAAACGGAAAGUUCCACUGGUACAAAGUGAAUAUAUUCGGACAGUACCCGGUAAGAACUGCUAUUUAUAUCAACUGAGCAGUUCUAAUAGUAAGACCUUUUCAGUACCUCAUCGCCAUCUGCACUUCGUGGAUCUUCUGCGUCGCCCUCACCGUCUUCAAUCUAACUCCGGAAGGAAGUGCCGCCCGUGUCGACAAGAACAUUUCGGUGGCCGUCAUCAGAGAGUCCUCGUGGCUGGAAGUGCCGUAUCCGGGCAAGUUCGGAGUUCCCGACUUCAACGUCGGACUCUUCCUGCUCUUCCUCCUUUCCGCGAUGACGUCGGUGUUCGAGUCGGUCGGCGAUUACCACGCGGCAGCACGAGUCUCCGAAGAACGGCCGCCGCCGAGUCACGCAAUCAACAGAGGAAUUCUGGCCGAGGGAUUCGGAUCUCUGAUCUCCGGAUUGCUGGGACCUGGCGUGGGAAUGACCACUCAUACGGAAAACAUCGGAGUGAUCGGAGUGACUCGGGUGGCUUCCCGAUGGACUAUGGUCAUGGCCGGGGUCUUCCUCAUCAUCCUCGGACUUCUCACAAAGGUUUUGAGUUUCACUCUGAACACCUCAAUCCAGUUUAUUUCAGAUCGGAGCUCUCCUCUCCACUAUCCCGGAUCCUCUAGUCGGCGGAGUUCUCGCCUCCUCGAUGGCGAUGGUUGUCGGAGUGGCCGUUUCCAAUCUGCAGACGGUCGAGAUGUCGCUCUCCAGAAACAUGGGCAUAUUCGGAUUCUCCAUGAUGUUCGGACUCAUCGUGCCCAAAUACUUUACCAAAUUUCCAGUUUCCACAAGUACUAUUCACACCUUUUUUUUAUCAAACAACUAAUUUUUUGUCACUUUCAGCAGCAGGAUGGGCCGAUCAAAUCCUGAACGUGCUCCUCCAGAUGCCAAUGUUCGUGGGAGCCCUGUGCGCUUGCAUUCUCGACAACUCCAUAGGAGGUAGAAAUAUAGAACGAGACAGCUGAGCAAACGGAACGAACGCUUUCAGGGGCGACACGCGAGCAACGAGGCCUGCGAGCACGCGGAGAGAUCUUUGCCGGGGGCAUCGACGAGUGCACCUACAGCUAUCCGAAGUGGGCGAUGAACAUUCUGAAUCGGAUCCCCGGAGUACAGUACCUGCCGUGCAUGCCAAAGGAAAAGAAGAGCACAAAUCGAGUGGGCGAGGAGAUUCGUCUCUGA